CCGUCGCAAGCGUUACCGAGCGCCAGGACCUGGGGUUCCCAUGCUUACCUAACGGUUUUGGGUGCUUGUCUCUGGUCCCUCCGCUUUCGCUCCCUCUGCGACUUUUUUGUCGCCAUGUGCUCAGCUUGGGAAAACCUCGCCCAUUACAGAGGAAACUCGUUAUCCACAUUGAGCUUGAAACUUCGACUCCCUCCGAAGAAAACCACUCAGUAUGUCGGAAACCAUGGUGGUACCCGGCGGAGCUUUCGGCAAGCAGCUCGCGAAUUCUGAUAAGAAAGUCCGAGACCGUGCUGUCAGAGGACUCCAAAAGUGGCUGAUAAGCAACGAAGAACUCACGGACUUGCAGCUCUUAAAAUUGUGGAAGGGUCUUUUCUACUGUUUCUGGAUGUCAGACAAGCCAAUGAUUCAGGAGCAUCUUGCCGACAAGCUGGCAGCGGUUGUUAUGAAGUUGCCGGAAGGAAACGGUCUGCGAUACAUGAAAGCUUUUUGGACGAUAAUGAUCAAGGAGUGGCACGGAAUAGACAGGCUGCGAUUGGACAAGUUUUAUAUGCUAUUGCGGAAGUUCCACUUUUACGGCUUCCGUUACCUACAGACGAAGGAGUGGGAGCAAAGUGUCGUCGAGCAAUACCUUAACCUUUUGAUUAAAGGUCCUUUGAGGCCAAACGAUUUGAAGGUGCCUGACGGACUCCGAUACCAUACAUCGGAAGUUUACCUGGAUGAACUGCGAAAGGCUGUCAGCUCUGAGCCAUCAAAGGAGACGAAAGUGCAGCUUUUGCAACCAUUCUUCGUCAACCUCGCAUCGAGUGCAAGCGACACGGUAUUCUCUCGCAUUCAGGACAACAUCUUCAAGUCGAUUUUGAAGCAGGCACUUAGUGGUGCGUGCGUCGGACUGCGAAACGUGCAAGGCUUAGGAAAAUACUAACGAGUGACCCAACUAUCUCGUAGAGGAGGCAUCAGUGGAGAGCGAGAAGUCUGCGGGAUGGAGGUUUGACGAGGUGGAAGUCGGUCGACGUUUGCUGGCCAUAUCGGAGAGCACCGACACCAUCAUCAAAAACCGCUCCAAAGUCGAGA